CAAAUGUCAACAACACCGACUUGUCAAAACUUGUGAUUGUUGGUUUCGAUGACUGUCCGUUGAGUUAUUUAUUGUUUACGCUGUGCACGAUUUUCCAUUCUGUUUUUUAGAGACGCAGAAAAAAUUCCAGUGAUGUCAGUGGUGGGAAAUUUGGGAAGCCCCUCCAAAGACACGGUUUCGACUAGCGGAAGUUUAGUCGAAAGCGAGAACUUACCCAGAGAUUUCAGCCGCUUGUCUUUGUUUUCGUCGGGCUCGGCCACCUCGCAAGACGAACAAUUUCGGUGUGAAGGCCAUGCAGAGCACAGUCUUUCUUGUAUGCAGAAUUAUCUACAAGCCGGGAAAUUGUGUGACGUCACGCUUAUCGCCGGCAGUAAUGGAAAAAAAGUGCAGGCUCAUAGGCUUGUGCUAUCAGCUGCUAGUGAGUACUUCGCCGCUAUGUUCACUGGGAGUUUACGCGAGUCGGGCGAAUCUGAAGUGACUCUGGGUGAUGUUAGUGGCGACGUUCUCCAGGCAGUCGUAAAUUAUUGUUACACGGGGGCCAUCGACAUCCGCGAAGACAACGUGGAGACUCUUCUGGCCACGGCUUGUUUGAUGCAACUGCACGAAGUUGUUGAAGCCUGUUCCCGGUUCUUAGCUCACCAACUGCACCCCAGUAACUGUCUAGGGAUAGCGGUCUUCGCCGAACACCAAGCUUGUACUAGUCUUCUGCAAGAAGCCAACGCUUACACUAGCCAAAAUUUCAUGCAAGUGAUACGGAAUCAAGAGUUUCUCCAAUUAACCGUCGACCAGAUGACGAGUCUCCUAUCAAAUGAUGAUCUUAACGUCACUUCUGAGGAGCACAUAUUCCACGCCCUCAUGAGUUGGAUCCAGCACGACCCCACCACCCGUAAACCUCUGGUCGGGCGUCUCCUCGCCUUCGUCAAACUCCCCCUCCUCACUCCCGAAUUCCUAACCGACCAAGUGGAGCCGGUGGUGGGGUGCGACCCCGCCUGCCAAAAACUCAUAAUGGAAGCUUUCAAGUGGCAUCUGCUCCCGGAUCGCCACCUCCAAAUGGCGAGCACUAGAACCCGCCCCCGUAAAGCCACCCUCGGGCGGCUGCUGGUCGUCGGCGGCAUGGACAAGAACAAAGGCGCCACUACAAUUGAGAGCUACGACCCGCGGUCUGACGCCUGGACUGUGGCUCACCACAUGAGCGGGCGGCGUCUCCAGUUCGGGAUCGCCCUCCUGGGAGACAAAUUACUAGUGGUAGGCGGGCGCGACGGGCUUAAAACCCUCAACACCAUGGAAUGUCUGGAUAUGGAAACCGGUACCUGGACGCAGUUAUCACCCAUGAACACCCACAGGCACGGGUUAGGCGUAGCCGUACUAGGCGGCACGCUAUACGCAGUGGGCGGUCACGAUGGGUGGAGCUACCUCAACAACGUCGAGCGGUGGGACCCCGUGGCCCGGUCGUGGAGCUACGUCACACCAAUGCAAAGCCAGCGUUGCUCAGCGGGCGUGGCCGUCCUCAAAGGGAAGCUAUAUGCGGUAGGGGGGCGCGACGGGGCGUCGUGUCUGCGCACGGUGGAGUGCUACGACCCGCAUACUAACAAAUGGACGAUGUGCGCCCCCCUGGCCAGGCGCAGAGGCGGCGUGGGGGUGGCGGUAGCCAAUGGGUUCCUGUAUGCGCUGGGGGGACAAGACGCGCCCGCCAACAACCCAGCGGCGAGCCGAUUCGACUGUGUGGAGCGCUACGAUCCGAGUACGGAUACAUGGACGGUGAUUGCGUCUCUAUCAAGUAAGCGGGAUGCGGUGGCGGCGUGCUUAUUCGGCGACAGACUAGUGGCAAUCGGCGGCUACGACGGCAGCCACUACUUACGCAUGGUAGAACAGUACGAUCCGAACACGAACGAGUGGAGUUCUUUAGCGCCUCUGAUUACCGGGAGAGCUGGAGCUUGCGUGAUAGCGGUGUCAAACGCGCAUGUGCAAUCAGCCGAUUAACGAACGACUCACUUUCGCAUUUACUGGCUUUAAAAAAAUAUUCUCAUUGUAGUAGUGUAAUGACUCGAUUUUUGAUAAAUGGCGCGUGCUUGUGAGCGUUGUCACGAGUGGCAACACUGUUUUUUAAUUAGAGUUCGUAAGUUUCAGUAUUACAUAAUAAAGUAGAUAUUUUCAGAAACGGUUACAGACACUUAAGAUAAACUUACUAAGUAAUGUGUUCCAUAUAGUUUGCAUAUCUGGUUAGCCUAACUCUGAAAACUUUAAAUUGAGACUGAUAUUUCAUUUUUACAUCUGCUUCAAGACUGACGAUCCUUCCAUCACGUUGUGAAAUUUAAUUUUACUUCACUCAAAGGUUUUGAUCAUAGUUUGCACGAGAAACCGUUGUUUACCAAAAUUACAAGUUAAGGUUGCAUUUCUCUCUUACCUGUGAAUGUGAGUAGGGUUUUAAUAGUAGUUUGUAGGACGAUCCUAUGCAUUUGUACUUUGUGAUUAUUUUUGAAAUUUUCUGCAAGGAAUAGGGUAAGACUAGUGUAAUGUAAAUUGUGCUUUCAGAAAACAAUCUCAAAAAUGUGUCCUGUGAUAAUGAUCGUUAUUUAGCGACCUUGCAGAAAAAUAUUAAUGUGAGAACAUGUGAUAAUUGUAUUGAUACGAAGUGUAACACUUUUUGCAAAUAAACUUUCUCAAUUUUUUAAA